GGGAAAGCAUUUGGGUUAAUCCCAUUUAUACUUGUCCGUUCAAACUGUUGAACGUUGUUAUAUGAUAUUACAUUAUUUUUUGGACGUAUGUUAUGGCGUUCCCUCUUCCCAAUAAUCCAUACUUCUCAACAUCACCUCUGGCAGAUGUAGCUGAAUUCAGACAGAAUCUAGUUUCACGAAUUUUCGGAAGACCUCAGGACUAUGAUCUUUCGCUCGCACCAUCGCAAUCACCUGAACUACUUCGUAGAUCUGAUCUUGUAAAUCCCCAGAAAACUCUAUGUACGCCUAACAAUUUAUUAAAUUCUCCAGGUUGGUUUCAGCAUGCUCUUGCAUCCAGUCUUCAAAUGGGUCUUUUGUCUCUACCACGGUACAUGCUUAAGGACAUUUACUUACCACCUUUACCUUCCCAACCUCUUAAUAUGAGGUUACCCCGAGCUACGAACAUGCAUGCACCUUUUGAACCACCAGUACCCGAAGUAAAACCCAAGAUCACUAGUAAAUGUAUAUCUCGACCAGAACAUUCUCGUUCCUCUUCAGUUAAUGAUUGUGAGAAUUUCUUUGCUUGUCGUCAACCUACACAACGGCCUACAUUAAAAAGACAAUCAGAGAGACCAAAGACAAAUUGGGGUUCAAAUAGUACAUCUAAUCCUCUUGCUUCAGUUGAAUCCCAAGAUACUGGUACUUUAGUUCCCAGUCUGAUUGACGGUGAAGUCAUAAUGGGAUUUAAUGUUUGGGGCGAAAAACGAUUAUGUUUACCACAUUUAUUUCGUUUUGUGCUACACGAUGUUGAUUUGCAGAUCAUAGAUAAGGCAUGUACAAAGCUUCAAAUAGCAUGCACAACAUGUACUCCAGCUCAAUUAAGUCUUUUACAUUCACGCCAAAUACUUCCUCGUACUGUCGGUAGUUGUGGUCUAAUUCGUAAAAGUGACGCAGAAAGGUUGACCAAGUAUAUUCGUCAUCAAAAUAUGUGUCUGGAGGGAUCUAAUUGUGAAGAGAGUUCAACUUGUAAAUCUCCAGUUAAUCAAUGUAUUGGUGAAGAUUCUGAAAUGAAGACUACUAAUGCUAUGGGUUUUCUUAAGGACCAUCGACAACUGAGCCCUGUCUCAACUGACACUUCUAAAUCAACUAAAUCAGUAGAUAAUACACAGUCAACAGACCGCUUAGAUCCUGGUCAUGAUGAAAACCAGCCUGAGAAUAGUUGUAGAAAUGCUGUCGAAUCUAGUGUUAUUCCAGUAAUACAUGAAUGCUUUGGACGACAAUUAGGAUUAAUAUAUCCGAAUAUGUAUAAGGAACCUUAUUCAAAAUGUAUCAAAUGUGUCACAUGUUGUCGAUAUUUUUCUCCGGAGCAGUUUGUUGGACAUACACAUACCGUCACCGAAGUCGAUAAUUUAAACCAUUGGGGUUUUGAUUCUACCAACUGGCGGUGUUAUCUUCGUUUGUACACGGGUCGUCGGUUAAAUGUGAAUGUUAGUUCUAUUCUUUCCAAUAUUAAUACUGUGCGUGGUCAUGAAGUUGUUGGGAAAUCUAAUACCAAAGAACCUGUGGUUGCUGUAGACGCUCAUCGUCGCCUGGAAGAAUUCAAAAUUAAGUUUGCACAGCCUAUUAAACUACCCCCAUCCUUAGGUGCAGCUUUACGAAGUGUAGGAUUAUGUGCAUCUGUGGCUCCAUUUCCUGCUGGUACAACUAAUUUACAGCGUUCUCAAACUUCUGAAGCUUCCAUAUGUGAACAAAUUUCAGCCCUGAUACGAAAAACUAGUCAGUCGAAAACUCAUCAGUUCCUCCCUCUACGGCCAAGUAAAGCACUUGAUCAGACAAUAAUCAGUACUUCAGCUAAUUCAUCCCCAAAUCAAUCUUCCCCUUCCAAUAUGAUGCUGCCCCAGCUAACACUGCGUCGUCUAUGGGCACCAAACGAUGGUCGAAUUAAACUUCCACCACCACCUAGGUUACUGACAAGCUGUGAGAUAAAAUCUCUUCCAGAAAAGUUUCGUACUGGACCUCCAUUACUAUUGCAUUCUCAUCGAGUUGUCACUCAAGAUGCUGCACAUCAUUAUGAUCGUGAUUUUAUACCAAAUGUUUGUCUGAAACCGUUCAAUGGAACUGAUAGUAAAAACAUUGCUAGAUCAUCAUCAAGUCGGAGACGUCGGCAUAGGCGUUCACUACGCAAGCAAAGUGAAGGAGAUUCUAUUCAGGACUCUAGAUCCCGUUCUUGCAGUGAAUAUAGCUCAGGUUCAAGAAGUAGUCGAACUCGAAGUUCUAGUGCUAGCAGUACUAGUAGCAGUCGGUGUAGUUGCAAUAAAAAUACUGGGAGUUUCGAUAUCCCAGAUUUUCGGUGGAAUCAAAAUAAGCCAUCUUGCAAUUGUAACCAUAAUUCUACGUCUCCUAAACACAAUGCUCACAGAACUACUGAUGUGCUAAAAUCAUGUGAUUCUAUGUGUGUCAAGAAGAAUCCUUCCAAUUCAUGUUCACCUAGGUUACCUAGGGCACGUUCACUCAGCGGAAGUGUCAACAAAUUUAAAAGAUUCCGAAGGACAUCUUCUUGUCCAAUCUUUUACUCCAUCCGACAAACAAGCACUCUGAAUAACGUUGAGUGUUCCGAUGAUAAGCAUAAUAGAAAAGAGUUGACGAACUCAACAUCAACUUUUAAAGCAUAUCAAAAGAAAUCUGCCCCACCUCAUAUGGAUAAGAGUGUAAUUAAACAACGAUGUAAAGCAAUGGCUGCUGCACGUGCUGCACAAGGUGCAGCUAGUCGAACUGGCCCAGGGUUAUGGGCACGACAUUUUAUUAAUGUACAGAAUUCUAAUGGAGAUUCUAUGAAAUUACCAAAUGCUAGACGUUCUGUGCCUAAUACAGUCGAUACUCAAAAUCCUUAUUCAAAUCCAGUGAAUAAUACCCCAGUAUUAGUGACAAAUCCAAUGAAAAAUAGUCUACCUGCCGCGGUUUUAGCUUUAGAAGCGAUUUGGGCAGAUUUAGUUCGACUUAUCAAUGAAUAUACGAUUGCAGUUGAAUCAAGAUCUGGUGUGGAUGCAGCACGUCAAAGGCUGUUUGAGCAAUUCAUAUCUAUGCAAACUUGUUAUGCUACACAUAUAGCAUCAUUGAUGGAUGAAAAUCAGAAACUCCAUGAGAAGCUUACACAAACUCAAACUCAACUACUACAUUGUCAGCCUCAGUUACAAGGCUUUGUUACAAAUAAUAAUAAUAAUAAUAAUAAUAAUAAUAAUAAUAAUAAUAAUAAUAAUAAUAAUAAUAAUAAUAAUAAUAAUACAUCAAUGCCACUUAUGUCGAAUAAUGCGCCACUUGCAUCAUCUCAACCACCACUUCUAUCGACGAUAACAACUUCAUCUACAUCCACAACCUCUUUUGGAAAUCAAAACCGAUUUCACCCUUUUGAUACAGAAUUAGAUAAUAAGUCUGGGUUCAACAACAGAUCAGAUGAUAUGUUGAUUCACUCUGUUAUCCAAAAUAGUAAUAAUGCCAAUAAUUAUGACGGUAACAACAAUAACUUGUCUCGUUUAUCACGAAAUGAUUUUUCACCGUUGAUUAUUGAUCCAACACGAAUUAUCUCUUCAAUCAAUAAACUCAAAUCAAUGAAUUCUGGCGAUGAGACACAUUUGAGAAAUGCUUCUGCUAUGAAUACAACUGCUUCUAUUACUUCUAGUCCACAUCAUAAACAUAAUUUCACUUCUAAUAAUUCUAUGAUUGAUCCAGUUAAUUCAUCAUCUAGAUACUUAACUAUGGCAUCAUCUAUGCUAUCUUCAAAUUUAAAGCGUAAAAUUGAUUCGUCAAAUAAUUCGGAUUUUGAUAUUCAUCGUUCAAUGUCAUCAUCUUCAUUGCCUAGUGUACAUGAUCGUUUAGAUUCUAACGUUUGUCCUGAAACUCUGCAAUCAUCCAGUAAUCCAAGUCCUUUAGAAGGUGGACGUAGUCACAGUUCAUCUACUCCAACAGCUUCCGAAACAGAUAGUCUCACAAGGGAUCCUGUUGAUGAUCCAAGUGAAGAAAUAAAUCAUUUAGAAUUUCAAAAUCCAAAUCCUCGUAUAAACAUUGAAGGUGAUACAAAUGAGUCAAGUAUAUGGACAAAAACUGUUCCAAAGUUAGAUAAAUCUCCAAUUUUAUGGGAUCAACAUCAGAAUCCUGUCAGAAAUCAUAGCGACUUAACUGCUAAUUGUAUGAGUAAACAUCGUGACACAUCGCUAAUGGAUACAACACCGCCCAAUCAGACUAUUUAUUCACAUCAACCAAAAAAGCGGCGUACAUUAAAUAGUCAUAUAUUUGCCGCCACAAACAGCAAUACUAAUAGUGGUAAUAAUAAUAAUAAAUGUAACAAAUAAACUGCUUACGCACACUUUUUUCCUCUAUUAUUAAAACAACUUUGUAUCUUUCUCGUUUACACACACACAUACACUAUUAUGUGGCUGAAUUUUUGUUAUAACACACAUGUGCAUAGAAUUUCACAAAAGAUGACCAUUUAUCAUGACACUAACAAAAUACUUUCAACUGAAAUAUUUCCCACUGCCUCUUCUAAUUGAUCACACGCACACAGAUGCACUCAAAUUUAUGCGUGUUUGACUGAAAUUAUUUGUUUUCUUUUUCAUAUCUCUUCAUCUUCGUGAAACAAAACUGCCACAUUUAUUGUGUACGAGAAAAGCUACUCUUGCUCCAUUCAUUGUCUGCGUGUGUGUGAGAGGGAGGAAUAUGAAUUCGAUGCAAAAUUCUUAGAAAAUACUAUCUCCAUUUUUACUACUUGUUUUCUCCUUCUACACUGUGAUUCUACUUUCGUGAUGAUUUAAAUGGUGAAAUAAAAGAGCGAGGAAUAAGUUCUGAUCUGACCUAACAUUUUUUUCUUCAAUAAAAGAAUGAAUGUAAAGAAUAAAUAAGCAGGAUGAUGGUUUUAAACAUGGUUCUUCAACAUUUUGAUAAUGUAAAUUUGUGUGCAAAAAUGUAGGCCGAUCGCUUCUCGAAUUCUUCAGUGAUAUAUUACUAACUGGUACCAUUAACAUUACAACUACUGCUACCACGAAUUAGAAACUUGUUUUCUGUUUGAAUAUUUUAUUUGCAUUCGUUCUGCGAGUGUGCGUAUGUGUAUAGCUGAUUUCUCUUCUAUUUCUAAUAUUCACCUUUGUGUUUUCCCCCUUUCUCUUCGUUUUUGUCCUUUAUUAUCUCAGAUUCACAUUCUUAACUAUCGUAACUGGUUUAUCUUCUGUAUACACACACACACACAUACGUGCUCCUUGAUUGAAACUUACGUUAGGUGGUUAUUAACUCUCCUAGUUAUCAUUUUUAUUAUAUUGUCAUUAUUUUCUCAAGGAAAUGUUUUUUGUUCUAAAAAACACAAGCUCAGAUGGAUUAUAUUGUUAUAUUAUUAUUAUUAUUAUUAUUAU